AUGUCAAAAGUCACUUUUGUCUGUCAAAGAGCGGCUCAUGCCAUAAUAGCAGAAGCGGGUUCUAUUCGUAUAUCCAACGAGGGACUCGAUGCCAUCAAUGCAUUUAUAGACGAAUUCUUGUUUAUUUUAAUCGGUACUUGUCCAUCAACCAGCCUCGACUCGAUAAAAACAAACAUUCAGCAACUUUUACCAAAUUCACUUGGAAAAAAUGCACUCAUAGAAGCAGACAUGGAGGUCAGCACCAUCAAGGCCAAACCGAGCACACCUUUAGAUAUGGAUAUGAUUCGAACUGCCUGUGCACACCAUUGUGCCUUAUCAGAUUAUAAAGGAACCCACAACACAUCCGAUGUGAUCAUUGUUUAUCUUACAGUUAUCAUCGAACACAUGGCAGAAUAUUUACUGACCUCUAUAGCAGAAGAGGCCAAGUCAGAGUGUAUUCGAGUCAAGGACGUGAUAUUGUUUCUAUUGAAUGAUUCAAAAGUGAACUUAGUGUUUCAAAAAAUGCAAUUAAAAGAUCAGUUACAAAAAAAACUCUUGUCUUACAUCAGAGCCUCAUCUGUUUCCACAGUAGAUCUUGAAGCAGAAAAAUCAGAAACACAUAUAGAACCAAGUAUGCCGAGAAAAUCAACAGAAAGUACGCAUACACAAUCAACCAAGACCACAUCAAAGAGUCAAUUCAGUCUGUUUGGAAAUAAAAGAAAGCAUUCGAUCCGAUUCUCCCUUUCAAAAAAGUCGUCGUCAUUUUCAAACACUUUGCCAUCACCUACUUCAUCUCCAUUAGCAAAUGAUUUCGAAGACUUGUUUCGAUCUGGUCAGACCAAAAAGGUCUCACUCACACCUCAUCGUUUAAAAACAAUUGAAGUCGUCAGUCCAACACCUGCUACUCCUAUCUAUCACACAAGUCCUCCUCUGACGCCCGCUUCAAGUCUUGCGUCACGACCUUCUCAGCGAUCGAAGCAAUCGAUGAUCAUAGAGGGAGAAGAAGAGGAGGAGGCAAAGACUAAAGAGCAGAAAACGCCUACUAUAGACACAAACGUAAUCGAACGACCUUCCAGUUUAGUCCUCAAGCGUGCUUCGACAGGACAAAGACCGCCUUCAUUUCACGAACACGCUCUCCUUGGUGGACGACUUGAAACACAGGAUCAACUGUUACUAAAUAACAGGCACUCUGAUGAAUUACCACAGGGACUUGUCUAUGUCGUUCCUCCUCCAGUUCCUAUCGUUCGUUCCAAGCGUCGAAUCAUAGGAAUAGACAAGGCGUGUCAAACGGAUAUAGAAGACGAAGAAGAGUGGUUUCUGGAUGAUUGUAAUAGUAUUAAUAGUAAAAAUAAUAAUAGUAGUAAUAAUGACUGUAAUGCCGAGCAAGAACAGCUUAUUGUAGAAUGGUUACUAGGUUAA